ACGCCCUGGUAACCACCCACAACACAUUGGAAUCGGUGCUGAGUUUUGCACUGUACUCACAUAUUCGUCAUAAUCGAAAAAAAUCUGUGAUACUGGUGGCAUGUUGGGUUAAAGGGCGUCGCUGUGCCUUUAAAAGCACGCAGAGCCGCAUCAGUCAUGCUGGAGCAUCUAAUGAUGCUUUAAGAACAAGGUCUAAUUGAGUUGACACACAGAAAGCGCCAGCCCACCUCUGCGCUCUCAUCUCGAGGCACAACAGCCUGCUGGGAACGCCAGCCGUCACAUUUCAGAGGGAGCGUUCACAGACCUGACAUGCAGGAGCGAGAAUCAAGAGACAGCAUCACCAGCUGAGACUAACAAGUGGUUGCUGAUCUGAGAGAGAGAGAGAGGGAGAGUGUUUGCAGGUACACACAGAGCGCAGGAAGCGCAGGCGGCUGCAGGCAGAGCGUUGUCUGCGCGCCGCUGCCUCUCACUCCCUCCGAGCCAGCGGAACUCCCGCUUCUGCAGUGAUGAGGGGAGCGACAGCAACCGCAGGAAUAACAGACUGACCAGGUCUGACAGAAUGAAGCCGAAAUGAAGGCGUCCAUCCAUCCGUGUUGAUCCCCAACCUAUCGACGCUUGCAGGAUGACGGGGCUCGUCUGGGAACAUGUGUAGCAUUCAUUACAACCACAGCCUAACGGCCAUGAGCAGCAGUGACAUCAUGGCCUAUUCUCUGAGCCUGGAGCAGAAGACGGCGUUUGCGUUUGUGGGGAUGUUGCUGGUGUUUCUCGGCUUGUUGAUCGUCAGGUGUUUCAGGAUCCUGCUGGACCCCUACAGUAGCAUGCCGUCAUCCAGCUGGGGCGACGGGCUAGAGGGGCUGGAGAAAGGGACGUUUGAAUACGCUCUUACUUGAGACUACGUUCCCAAAGCGGUUACAAUCCAUUCUAGAGCCCUCUAAAUCAUAUAACGCCUUUGCACCGUACGGGGACGUAAACACAGGACGCACUCUAGAUGUUUUGAGAUAUAAAAUGUUGAGACUAUUUUUAGCACACCGUCCUAAAAGGUUCAGUGAUGCAAUGGGCAAAGAUGUCUGCUUGAUGCAUGCGCACACAACUGCAAAAUAGCGGUGAUGGAUCACAAGAACGUGUCCUGUGUGAACGUCCCCAAAGGGUGUGAGAAUUCAUCAUAACCUGCUACUUCAUGUAGACAGUAUUUUUGUCUUGUUUGCCAGUACAAAUAUCUAAAAAUUCUUAAAUCAAGAUGCAUUUACUUGAGAAUUAAGAUGAGAAAUAAGUCUUAUUUUCUGAAAAAUUGCUCAAAAUUAAAAGGUGCAGUAAGGGAUUUCUGAGAAACGCUGUUGAAAGUUUAUCGUCCAGAAGCCAAUCAGCAGCAGGGGGCGUGUUCACUCAUGAUGGGGGAAGAGAGUGAACCAAUCAGCAAUAGGGGGCGUGUCCACUCAUUAUGGGGGAGAGAGAGUGUGCCAAUCAGCACUAGGUGGUGUAUUCACUCACUAUGGGGGAGGAGAGAGAAUGAGCCAAUCAGCAGUAAGGGGUGUGUCCACACAUGAUGGAGGAGGAGAGAGAGUGAGCCAAUCAGCAGUAGGGGGCAUGGCCACACAUGAUGAGGGAGUUGAGAGAAUGAGCCAAUCAGCAGUAGGGGGCGUGUUCACUCAUGAUGGGGGAGGAGAAAGAAUGUUCAUGUUCAUGUUCACUUAUGUUGGGGAAGAGUGAGCCAAUCAGCAUUAGGAGGCGUGUCCACAUGAUGGGAGAGGAGAGUGAGCCAAUCAGCAGUAGGGGGUGUGUCCACUCAUGAUAGAGGAGGAGAGAGAAUGAGCCAAUCAGCAGUAAGGGGUGUGUCCACACAUGAUGGGGGAGGAGAGAGAAUGAGCCAAUCAGCAGUAGGAGGUGUGGCCACACAUGAUGGAGGAGGAGAGAGAGUGAGCCAAUCAGCAGUAGGGGGCGUGUCCACUCAUGAUGGGGGAGGAGAAAGAAUGAGCCAACAAGCAGUAGGAGGCGUGUCCACAUGAUGGGAGAGGAGAGUGAGCCAAUCAGCAGUAGGGGGUGUGUCCACUCAUGAUAGAGGAGGAGAGAGAAUGAGCCAAUCAGCAGUAAGGGGUGUGUCCACACAUGAUGGGGGAGGAGAGAGAAUGAGCCAAUCAGCAGUAGGAGGUGUGGCCACACAUGAUGAGGGAGUUGAGAGAAUGAGCCAAUCAGCAGUAGGGGGUGUGUCCACUCAUGAUGGGGGAGGAGAGAGAAUGAGCCAAUCACCAGUAGGAGGCGUGUCCACUCGUGAUGGGGGAGGAGAAAGAAUGAGCCAAUAAGCAGUAGGGGGCGUGUCCACAUGAUGAGGGAGGAGAGUGAGCCAAUCAGCAGUAGGGUUGUGUCCACAUGAUGGGGAGGAAAGUGAGCCAAUCAGCAGUAGGGGGUGUGUCCACAUGAUGAGGGAGGAGAGUGAGCCAAUCAGCAGUAGGGGGCGUGUCCACAUGAUGGGGGAGGAAA